AAACAAAUACUAAGGCAUACCAAUACUUACAAUACAAACCUAAAAUUGCAGGUUACAUAAGAUACAUACAUAGAAGAUUUUUUAUAAAAAUCUAUCUUUCAUCAGAGCAAGAAGAAUGCAGUAGCACAAUGUCACGAAGGAAUCUGUCAUUCUUUAAGCCAUAACUCUUGGUACUCUACAGCGAUGGCCUGAGGGAAACAUCUGACACUCACUACAUAAGGGAUGAUCCAAAGUACAAAGAAUGGCAACUGGUCAAGAGAUACGUGCGUGUGUGUGUGUGUGUGUGUGUGUGUGUGUGUGUGUGUGUGUGUGUGUGUUUGUUUGUGUGUGUGUUAUAAGAACAGGAAUAUCUGACAAUUUUGACAUUAUGGGGUCAUUCGGCUUGUCCUUAUAAGGCUUUGCAAAAACUGGACAGAAAAAAAAGAGAAAAGGGAUUGUGUUUGGUUUUAGAGAUUAAGAAUGGGAUUAGAUUUAGGUGUAGACUCUGUAUUAAUUAGGUGUUAAAUAAUUGUGUUAAUAAAAGGUCCUUACAAGGCUAGUGAAACAAAUGUGUGUGUGUGUGUGUGUGUGUGUGUGUGUGUGUGUGUGUGUGUGUGUGUGUGUGGUUGAGACACGGGUUUGAGAAGGGGAGGAGGAGGAUGAGGAGGAAGAGGAGGGGGGUGAGAGAUAGGGUUUAAAACGACGCCGCUUCACGUAAGAUCGUUUACUGCCAGAGUGCGCGCGCCGUGCGCGAGGAGUUCCCGUGCGCCACGCUCGACGUCUGGAUCCCAUACCGUGAUGCUGAGAGCGAGGAUGAGGAAGACGCCCCUCAACCUCCCCUAAUUCGUCACCUCGGAGCGGAGUAAAACUGUAGGCUCUUGUCCGCGUUUUACGGAGAUGCUGAUGAUGUUAAGGUGUCAACCUCGGCCACACUUCGGAUGCCGCCGUGCGCCCUGGUGGCGUCGCUGAGCAGCUUGGAGUCGCCGUGCCGGCGCUGGUCGCACCGGGAAAGUUGAGUGCUCGAGAGUGUCGCGUGUCGGGACAUGGGAACACGCCUGGGUAGUGCGGGAUACGCUGGUGAAGGAUCGGCGUCCUGAGUGCCAGAGCUGGAGAAGCAAGGACGCGUCGCACCGGCACCAUGCGCACCGAGCACAGUUUCGUGUUGCUGCUCCUCAACGGGACGGCGUGCCUGUUGGUUUUGGCGCAGGAAGACCGCUACUCAUCCUCUUCGCUGAGUUCUAAAUCCUCCUCGCAUGCAGAACCCUCAAAGACUGUUAGUGUUCUGGGUGGUCAGGGCUCUGUCUCCCCCCUCAGCCGAUGGGUGCUGCACAGUCGCAGUCGAGCAGCCAAUGCUUCAGCUCUAGAGCUACCCUACCGCUCACCUGUGCCCUUCUCCAAGCAAGAAUUUUGGGAGAUGCUGGGCAGUGACCUCCUCAAGUCUGACACCAGCUCUGAUGACGACUCCUCAGCGAGCUCUCGUGUCAAGCGCCGUCCCAUCGUCAAGACAGGCAAAUUCAAGAAGAUGUUUGGCUGGGGCGAUUUCUACUCUAACAUCAAGACAGUGCGUCUCAACCUGCUCAUCACUGGCAAAAUAGUUGACCACGGUAAUGGGACAUUCAGUGUCUACUUUCGGCACAAUUCCACAGGCCAGGGCAACAUCUCAGUCAGCCUGGUACCACCUGUGAAGGCAGUGGAAUUUGACCUGGAGCGCCAGAGUGUGGUUUACCCGAAGGACUCCAAGAUCUUUAACUGCCGUGUGGACUACGAGAAGGUGGACCGCAGCAAGCGCACCUCACUGUGCAACUAUGACCCAUCCAAGACCUGCUUCCAGGAACAGACCCAGAGCCAUGUGUCCUGGAUCUGCUCCAAGCCCUUCAAGGUCAUCUGCAUCUACAUCUCGUUCUACAGCACAGACUACCGGCUAGUGCAGAAGGUCUGUCCAGACUACAACUACCACAAUGAGAUGCCCUACCUUCCCUCUGGGUAGAAGGGAAUUGGAAAAGGGGCAGAAAGACAGGGAUGGGCCACAACCAAGAGGGAGGGGCGAAGAGACAGGAACAUAAAUGAAUGAUGAGGUUGGAAGUUUUGACGUGGGAGGCAUGGGUAUAUUUUAUAUUGGUGAUAAAGCUGUCUUCAGAGUAUAUAUGGAACCUUUUAGGGAAUUGUACCUGUUUGGAAAAGACCCCUUUGCAAACAGAGCAUUUUUCCAUGGAUUGUGUUUUGAUCAUCUGUAAUAUUCCUAAGGUGAAUGUAAGGCAUUUUGCUCCUGUGAUAAAUGUCUUAAAGAAACUCUAUACAAAAAAAAUACCUGACAAAUGUGACUGCAAAGCUCAACAUAUGCAAAUCAAGCUCUCUUUUGCAGAUAUGUGGGUAAGAGAGCACACUAACAUGAGGCUUUGGUGACAGGCAACCCCCACCGGUGUGCUUUUUACGCAUCAUCGGGCCUACAUCAGGGCAAGGUGACAUACAUAUCCGUGAAAUCAUGAAACAUUACUAUGAAAGAAAAAGAAAAAUUACUAUGUUGAUUUCAAUACGCCUACUAUGCAGAUGCUAGUGGUGAUGUUCAGAUUCCUGAGGAGAAAAAAAGUCUAUGUUUUCAGUGUAUAAUUCAGGUUGAACUCUCCAAAACAGCCAACAACAACAACUUAGACACACAUGACCUCUGGGUAUCCUCAACUGCAAGCGUUCUCAAAAUGAAAAGAGGAGUGAGAGAAAGAAAUGAUUAAGACGGCGGAGUAUGCAAAAACACGGCAAAGACAAUUGAAAAAGAGAAGGCAAAAGGGAGAGAGGGCGCAUUUUAAUUAAAAUUGAAGCAAACAGAGAGAGAAAGAGAGAGAGAGAGAGAGAGAGAGAGAGAGAGAGAUGUUAAGUAUGAAUUGCAGCAUUUGCGCUAUUGUUCUAGCUAUAUGAAAUGGGGGUGAAAGAUUACAUUUUGUUGCUGACAGGACUCCUGAUUCCUCAGCAUGAUAAGUUACCCACUGAAUGCAAGAUUGCUCUAUCUUUUUCCGCUAGAGUCAGCCUGUAAUCUGUGAUUAAAAAGCAGCGGAAUAUUAUGGCUAUAAUUAUGCAUUAUUUAAGACUUAUUUAAAGACAUGGUUAAAUGGAUUGGAUAGAUUCAGUUAUUCAUCUGGUCUGGGAAAUCUUUUGACAAGACAGAAUACUGCAUUUGACAAAUCAGCUGUCAGCUUGACCUUCAGAAGUUGGGAUCAUUUCUGCUAAGGUUAUGCUGCAUGAAACAGAUAAACUUUGAUAGUGGGUGCAGAGGUCAGAAAGCAAAGUAAUAUAAAAAUAAAGAAAGAAGCAGAAAAAGAAGGAUAGUAAAAAACAACUGUAUUGACAUUAAAUGCCUCGGUGCCGGUCAGGAAGUUGAUGAACAGAGAGGAAAAUGCUCAGGGAGUUGUUAGAAUACCAAGUGAAAGGAACAAACAUGAAAAAAAUUCUAUAAAAUAAGUAUGAGUUGAAUGAUGACACUCAAUGCAGUGACAAUAGCAUAAAGUGGCACAUAAGAGCAUCAUGAUGUUUGAUUCAAGUAAUGAAAGGAAGAGAAGAAUAAGGAAAAUGAGAGAAGGCAACGGUAAAUGUCUUUUUAUGAGUUCAUAACUUAAAGCAUGUCUUGCCUGAAGAGAAAGCCAGCAUUGUGUAUCCCCAUCAGGUCUACAUAUUAACCCUGAUAUAAAGGCAGGAGCAUCCGAAACGCUACAACUAUUUAUGCUUACUUAUGAAGCUCCGUAAACAAUCCAUUUAUCUCCUCCUGCUAUAUUUCCAUCCUACAUACCCUCAUUAGGGACCAUUCAUAGAGCCAUUUUUUUUAUUUUUAUGUUCUGUUUGAGUGUUUAGAAAAACUGAAUCAUACAAUGCCAGUUUUACUACAAUAUACAGAACUUCUUUACAUGCUUAUUCUUUCAGUCUAAUUACACUCUAAUCUCUAAAAUCCAGUUUACAUCUCCACUGUAAUUUCUCCCAGUUUAAAUUCAUUUUAAUCUCCACUAGUUUAAUUACACUUUAAUCUCCACUUUAAUCUCCUCCAAAUUAAGUAUACUCUCAUUUUCAAAAUAAUCACCUCCAGUUUAUAUUAAUGCUGAUUUCUUUGGUUUACUACACUCUAAUCUCCUCCAGUUUAUUGUCAUGCAAAUUUCCUCCAGUGUAGCUAUACUCUAAUCCCCAUUUCACUGACACCCAAAUCUCUGCCACAUAACCUAGGCAAAAUUGUCCCUCAGAUGAAGGACCUGCAGUUUAAUUAUAAAUUUGCCUCAUCUAUCUUUUCUACACAUUCAAAUCCUUUAGGUCAAUCACAUGUUAAUCUCCCACAGUUUAAUCACACACUAAUCUCCUACAGUAUAUUUACACUCUAAUCUCCAGUUCAACAACACCCCAAUCUCCUCCAGUUUAAUUACAUGCUAAUGUCCUUCAAUUAAACUACACUCUAAUCUUCACCAGUUUAAUUACAUGCUAAUGCUCUACAGUACAACUACAACUAGUCUCAUCUAGAUUAAGUACAUCUAAUCCCCUCCAGUACAACUACAUGCUAAUCUUUACCAGUUUAUCUGCAUUGUAAUUUCCAGUGUAAUGAUACAGUCUGAGGUAACACAAAUCUGAAAAAAGUUUGGAAAAUGGUAUAAUGUAAAUUAAAAAAAUUGCAAUGAUUUGCAAAUCUAAAAUGAAAACACAUUUCAUUCACAAUAUAACUUAGAAAACAUAUCAAAUGUUCAAACAGAGGAAAUAUAAAAGUUUUAAAGGAAAAUAUAAGGUAAUUUGAAACUUGAUGGCUACAACAUGUCCCAAAAAAUAACAUGUUUAUCACUGUGUAGCACCACCUCUUCUUUCAACAACAGUCCAUAUGGUUCAGGGAAGUGAGGAAACCAGUUGCUGAAUUUUAGGAGAGGAAUAUUGUCCCAUUUAUGUUCUGUGGAUUCUAGCUGCUGAACAGUCCUGGGCCGCCUUUGUCAGAUUUUUCGUUUCAUGAUGUACCAAAAGUUUUAGAAUGGUAAAAGGUCUGAACUGCAGGCCAGUUUAGCACCCAGACUCUUUUUCUAUGAAGCUUUUGUAAUAGAUGUAUGCAGUUUAGCAUUGUCUUGCUGAAAUUUGCAAGUCCUUCUAUGAAAAAAGAUGCAGUUGGAUGGAAGCACAUGUUGCUCUGAAACCUGUGUAUACCAUUCAGCAUUGAAGGUGCCUUUUUCAGGUGUUAAACUGCUCAUUACAUAAACACUAUUGCAGCCCAUACUAUCAGGCUUUUGAACUGAAAGUUGAUGAUAAACUGGUAGGUCCCUCUCCUCUUUAAUCAGAAGGAUGUGGCAUCCAUUGUUUCCAAAAAAAAUAGCAAAUUUGUCUGACCACAGAAAAGAUUUUCACUUUGACUCAUUUUAAUUUCUGGAUCAUGUUCACAAAUGGCUUCUUCUUUGCAUGAUAAAGCUUUAACCUGCAUUUGUGGAUGUGGAGCAAACUGCACAGAGAUUGUCCUUUUUACCAGCCCAUGUUGCCCUGCCUCAAAUUUUGAGAUGUGUUACAGCCGUCACAUUAAAACUGACCUUAUUUAUUUUCUUAAAAAUGGUACAUUUCCUUAGUUUAAACAUUUGAUAUGUUUUCUAUGUUCUGUUCUGAAUAAAAUAUGGGUCUAUGAUAUCUGCAAAUUAUUUUUUUUAUUUAUAUUUUACAUGUAUUCCAACUUGUAAAAUGGGACAUGCUCAGUCAUUCUUGGUUUCCUUUACACCCCACACAUCUUCAGAUUGAGUUUAAUGUUGUUUUAUAUAUACAUAUGGAAACUUAAAGCAUACAUUUGAUAAAAUGAGACUCUCUCACUCUUUUUCUUUUACCAUCAAAUGCUAUUAUUUUACUUUUCUUCACUAGUACCUGGAUCUAUAUCUGUUGCAUGGUCUACACAUCUGGAUUACAAGUCACCCCCAAAUGCCCAACCUUACAUUAUUGGUUUGUUUUCCUCCACUGUCAAACAAGCUUCUCAUCAUUCUACUGAAGGAUUCCUUAACUCUUGAAGUGUUGCUAAGUCACUAAUUGCUAUAAAUGUAAAAGAAAAACUAAUGGUUAAGGAAAUUAUUGAGAUGCGGGAGCAAAAGAAAGGUACUUGAAUGGCCAGAGGAGCUCUGUGUGGAACUCUAUCUCCAGCAAGUAAGCUAAACCAGCUUAAUUAUUUUCAUAAUGUAGCAUCUGUUCUACGCUCAGUCUGUUCUCCGCAAAAUAGAUUUUGUCAUCGAGCGAGCUGUCGUUCGUGGACAACAAUUCAGCAAUAGGCCUCAAUCGGAGAGUAAGAGGAAAGGAUGAACUUGUGCUGUCACACUCUGGUGGGUGUUGCCAACAAAAGGAGAAAAGUUCAAGUGCUGGAAUGUGCCAGUUGUCAUAGCAACCGGCCCCUGUGAAGUGCGGACGGAGCCUCGGACACUUAUCUCUGAACUGAGUUACCGCUCAAUACAAACUGAAACUGAGCUCACUUAUGGCAGAUGGUACUGUUGAAACUAUAUAAAAUAUAUCAUUAUAUAAAUAUAAUAAAUAUAAUAAAUAUAUAUAUAUAUAUAUCCUCACAAAGCCAGCAGUGGGACUGGAUAUAUUGUAUGGGACACUCAAGUAGACUCUCUAGCUCAUUUAAGGUUUGUUUAUUUCUCUAUUUUUUACAUUGUUUCUUUUCCAUGUGCAUCAUGUUGAUGUAGUGUAUGGAUGAUAAUGGUGGCAUUUAUUGUGGUUUUCUGACCUCUGGAAAAAAAAAAUCAAUAAACUAGAAAGGUGU